AUGUCUACCUUAUCUAAUAAUGAAAAUGUCUCUGAUGAUGAAAUUCCUUUUGUUGAAAUUCCUACUGAUGAAAUUCCUAUUGUUGUAAUUCCUAAUAUCCACCAAGAUAGUGCAACUACAUCUUCUACAUCUGCAAAAAAAAAAACUUCUAUAUAUUAUAAAUAUUUUACUUUUGGAACUGAUGAAAG